AGAAGAAGAGGAGCUAGCGUUUCUGUUUCAGUCUGGUUCUACUAACAGCUGAUGGACCGGGUCUGAGAGAGACCCGGACCCAGAGCGGAGCCGGGUCAGCGCUAGGAACAAGGAGGGAAAAAAAGAAGCAGAAGGAGAAGAAGAGGGUCAUCAUCGUCCCGGAAGUGACAGCGAGAGCCCUCGGGAGGCUAACCGGCGUUAGCAGGUGUUAGCAGAGCUUCAGUAUGAGCAGCAGAGGAGCCUCUGGAGAACCCAGAGAGCAGGAGGAGAAGGAGGAGGAGCACUUCUACGACUGCCAGGAGAGUCUGGAACCUCCGGCCCCAAGAGACGAGGAGUUCCGGCAGGAUGAAAGAGGGCCGGAGGACUUUCACACUAAAACUGACAGACUGACUCAUAGAGGAGACGUCACAGAGACUGAGGGAGGAGGAGGACAGGAGGAGGCGCAGGGCGACGAGACGCAGGAGGAGGCGCAGGGCGACGGGCUGCAGGAGGAGGCGCAGGGCGACGGGCUGCAGGAGGAGGACUCAGAUUCAGAGAUGAAGGAGGAGAGGAGCCAGGAGGUGGAGUUUGACGAUGACUACCUGAGGGAGGUGGAGAAGGAGCUGACAGAGGAGGAGAAGGAGAGUCGACGGCAACAAAGUUUGUCUCUGAAGGAGAACGGCAACGGCCUCUUUAAAGCUGGAGACUGGCUGGAGGCGGAGCGGAGCUACAAGGAGGCGCUGGUUUUAUGUCCGGUUUGUUUCAGCAGAGAGCGAGCCGUGCUGUUCUCCAACAGAGCUGCUGCAAGACUGCACCUGGGUCUGAAGGACCUGGCGAUCUCAGACUGCACCAGAGCGAUAGAGUUGAAUCCUGACUACGUGCGGGCGCUGCUGAGGAGGGCGGAGCUUUACGAGCAGACGGAGAAGCUGGACGAGGCGCUGGAGGACUACAAGAAGGUUCUGGACCGAGACCCGAACCAGACCAGCGCCAGGCAGGCCUGCAUGAGGUUACCUCAGCAGAUUCAGGAGAGAAACGAGAAGUUGAAGGAGGAGAUGAUGAGCAAACUGAAGGACCUGGGGAACCUGGUCCUGAGGCCUUUCGGACUCUCCACCAACAACUUCCAGGUGAACCAGGAUGCAGACACCGGCUCCUACUCCAUCAACUUCGUCCAGAACCCAAACAACAACAACAGAUGACAUCACAGCCAGUGCAGUGACGUCAUCACAGCCGCCAGUGCAGUGACGUCAUCACAGCCGCCAGUGCAGUGACAUGUAGAUAAACCUGUUUGUGUUCAGAGGAAAAUAAAACUGAUUUGUUUCCUG